CUUUGCAGUUGAAUGAUUCCUUUUAAAUUGUGUAUCACAUUUUGUUGUGAUUUCUGUAGAUAAACCGACUGUUGGAAGGGGGUUGGAACCUUUUCCUUAAAAUUAAAAUUAAAUACAUAAAAAUAAACAGCUUUGCAGCAGAUCUGUACUCCUUGUAUAUAGCGGAUACUGUUACAGUAAUAGAUGACUAAUAAAAAACACCAAUCAAAUCAUACAAAAAUUAAGAAAAAGAUUCACAGUUUUUUCACUCUUCUUUGAGUUCAUAAAUUUGAGGGUCUUAAACAACAUCCCACUUGACAUGACUAUCAUUAUUGUUCUUUAAACGUGUUUCCUAUUUUACUGUUUUUACCGUGUGAGUUUGAAAGUGUCUUCAGAGUGUUGAAUGUGUUGUAUUUUGUUGUUGUUGUUGUUUGUAGUAUUACACAAUAUAUAACUUGUGUGAGUAGAAGAAUAAAUGUGUAAGAGAUUCUUGGAGCAAUCCGUCUUUUAGAGAUUGAUUGAAGUACACUGUGAUGACGUAAGCAACAGGUCGACCGGUGUCCUCGCGGCUGCUCUCAUGUUCUCCGCAAGCCUGCAAUUCUCUCCUCACCGCUGGGGCGCGUGCAUCCUGUGAGCCUCCCCGUGUCAUCACACACACACACGCCCGGAGCUCGAGCUGCCGCACGAGACCACUGCAGCAAACAACUCGUGCUUCAGGAGGACGUUGUCGGACAGAAAACAAGAGUGAAGGAGCAGCGGACCUACUUAGACAAACGUCCUCCAGGUAUUUUGUACUGUUGCCCUUUCCAUGGAGGUCAGGGGUCAUAGUGCAACAGUGCUGGAGCUGAGAUCAAUGAUUCUUCAGCAGGAAAGAAGUGAAGACUGAACAUCUGUUCCUCACGUGCAGGUGCAGCAGCCAAGAGUCCUGCCUUUUUUUCCCCUCUGUCCUCUCGCUGUCCUCUCCUUUCCUCAUCCUUCUUCUCUCUCUUUCUCUCCUCUUGCUCGCUCUCUAUCUCUGUCAUGUUGGGCUGUGAGUUGAGUGUCAGCCCAUGACCAGACUGAAGCUGGGGAAGUUAAAGGUGGUGCGGCGGCAGCUGCUGCAAAGAUAUGAACACCAGCCGUUUGUCUCUUGUCUGGCUGGACUCUAUGGUUGCCAAUGGAGACGAUACCAAAGAGCCAGAGCACAACCAGGAGAGUGCUGCUGCAGCAAGGUGGAGUGUGGCAGUUUUGGCCUCCUGAUUCUCACCUUCUUCCUGAGUUUUGUUUUCCUGUAUUUCUGGAGUGAAGCUCAGAAUGACUACAAUGACUUUGACUGGUUUAACUUUGGGACUCUUGGCUUCUGGUUUCCCUGGUCCCUGGUCCUGCUGGUUGUUGCUGCUGCUCUCUUCACAUACAUUGCUCUGCUACUGGUGCUAGCAGUGUGUCUGCUUUCUGAGGGUCAGAGGCUUUACCUACACUGGAGCCACAAGACUGGCAUUGUGGUGACAUUGGCGUUCUCCGUCAUAGCCACCGCCAUCCUGUCUGACCUCUGGAGCAAAGAAUGGAAGACGCUGCUCCUGUCUCUGCAGGUGACGGCGCCUUUCCUCCACGUGGCUGCAGUGUCACUAAUGGCCAUCCUCUCCUGGCCAAUAGCAUUACACUUCUUUCGUAUGAACAGGAAAGUGCGUCAGGUGGCUGUCCUGGGUCUUUUCCUGUCUGUGUUGUUCUCUCUCUACCUGGUCCCACUGGGAAUGUACUCACCCUGCAUUAAAGAAGCAGGAAUGCUGGGACCGGCCCCAAUGCUCAUCGGACACAGAGGAGCUCCAAUGCUUGCUCCUGAGAACACUGUGAUGUCAUUUGAGAAGGCAGUGGAAGUUGGGGGAGAAGGACUGGAGACUGAUGUCACCAUCAGUUAUGAUGGUGUUCCCUUCCUAAUGCAUGACUCCACUCUGAGAAGAACCACUAACGUUGCUGAGGUUUUCCCAAACCGAACACAUCUCGAUGCCUCCAUGUUCACCUGGGCUGAACUGCAGCAGCUGAAUGCUGGUGACUGGUUCUUAUCGAGAGAUCCAUUUGGCACAGUGUCCUCCCUGUCUGAGUUGGACCUCUCCCAGGCCCAGAACCAGUCUGUACCCUCACUUUCCCAGUUUCUGGAGGUGGCAGCUCGUAGCAGCAAAAUUGUGUUGUUUGACCUGCGUAGGCCACCAUAUGGACAUCCUUAUAGUGAGUCAUACAUCAACACCACACUGCAGGUGGUGCAAGCGCACAUCAACUCCUCACAGGUGUUGUGGCUACCAUCUGAGGACAGGGAGUUGGUCCAGGCGGUUGACCCAGAUUUACAGCAGACCUCUGGGGUAAAAGCUUCAAUUCAAGAGCUGAGAGACGGCCACAUCACCAAACUGAACCUGCACUAUAGCACCAUGUCUCAACAACAGAUCAGUAAAUACCGGUCAGUGAACAUCAGCACUAACCUGUAUGUGAUCAGUCAGCCGUGGCUCUACACUCUGGCCUGGUGUGCAGGAGCUCACUCUGUCACCACCAACUCCAUCCACAUCCUGUCCAACACUAACAAGCCACUCUUCCUCAUGACUCCUGAUGAAUAUAGUCUGAUGUGGAUUCUGACCGAUGCCGCGUCUGCCUUCCUCAUCAUGGUCAUUUUCAUAUUCCAUUGGUGGAGAGAGAGAGGUCUGCCUUUCUGGUCUGGCAGCCGUCAGACUCAUGAGAACGGGCCGUACAGCAAGUUUAGGACAGACUCUUGGGAGGUCAUCUGUGUUCGCUGGAGCCCCCUCCACUCUGACCCUCCUGCUGGAGCCUUCAUCUCCCUCCCCUUGGUCUUCAACCCAUGAGUCCCUGCAUGUCAGUCCCUCAGGAAUCUUGUAUGAACCCCAAACCCUGUUUGACUUUCACCAGCUCACAUCAAGAUCUAUGUUGUUAAACGACACCUCGAAUCAUCAGAACAGACAGUCUUUCCAUCAUUUAAGAUUUAAAUCACUUCACUUAGUGAGCAACAGCAAAGGAUGCAGAAAAUGUGAACA